AUGCGGAUUUUCAUACCUUUUCUUUUCAAUUCUGCCCUUUACUUGAACUGGGCAAGCGCUGCCACCAACCCAAGUCAACACUGCAAGCCGUUGCCAUCUUCUCCAAAUUGGCCUUCGCUAGAGCAAUGGCAUGCUCUAAAUGAGUCCCUCUCUGGUCAACUACACGCCCCCAUUCCUGCCGGCACUGUUUGCCAUGCAGGUCAGCCCGGAUAUACAAACACCUCAUGCACCAUAGCCAAGACACAAUGGGGUAAUUCCUCAUGGCAUGCAAACAAUCCGUGGUCAACAGACUACAACGACGACACCUGUCUUCCUGACCCUAUAGCACCAUGCUCUACAGCAGGUUAUCCGGCGUAUGUUGUCGAAGCUCUGGCUGCGAGUGAUGUCCAGGAGGCUGUCAACUUUGCCAGACAAACGGGGGUCCGCCUUAUUGUUAAAGGCACUGGUCAUGACUGGCCCGGUCGUUCCUCAGGCCCAGGUGCUCUAUCCAUCUGGACCCAUCGUAUCCGUGGGAUAAAUGUCACACACAACGACCCACGCGCGGUGGCCUAUGGUGGCGUAGCAUCCGUCAAAAUCGCCGCAGGCAUGCAGUGGAGAGACAUUUACCAACAAGCGGCCGCCCACAACUUGACUAUUGUUGGCGGCGGAGAUGUUAAUGUUGGUAUUGGUGGCUGGAUUCUGGGCGGUGGUCACAGUCCUAUAUCCAGUCGCUUCGGACUUGGCGCAGACCAGGUUCUUGAGCUUGAGGUGGUAACUGCGGAUGGCAAGCAUCGAAUUGUGAAUGAAAAUUCCUAUCCGGAUCUUUUCUGGGCAUUGCGAGGUGGUGGAGGCUCAACAUAUGCCGUCCUCUUGUCGGUUACUGUCAAAGCAUACCCUCGGAUGCCCACCACAGCAUACGUCUUUUCAUACAACACUACUGCAAAUUCCGAUACUUUCUGGUCUCUGCUUGCAUAUUUCCACCAACAGCUGCCCAUGCUGUCUGACUCUGGUGCCAUGGGAUACUAUUUUGUAGAGCCGACGGUCAACUCUACCGCGGUGGGAAUGAUUGCUGGUGGGUGGUUCUUCCCAGAAAAGACGACUGACCAAGCCAAAGCUAUUGUAUCACCCAUGGAGAAAGUGAUUCUUUCAUACCCGUCUUGGGCCAAGGAUCCUAUCGUGGGCGGGGGCUUUCCAGAGGAAAUGGAUGACUUUACUACUUCUUUUUGCCUGGCCGCGGAGCCCCAGUCUGUAGGGGUAGACGGGCGAUUGGGCUCUUGGAUUCUCGACAAGAAGGCACUGUCAAAGCCACUGGACACGUUGAAGACACAACUGAAAAAGUCGACCCCCACUCCAUGGAUGCUUCUGGGCCAUUUGGUCGCUGGUAAGGGAGUCAGGGAUGCAAAGAUCCCCGGAGGCAGCAAUGCUGUUUCACCCCAUUGGCGAAGUGCGUAUUCACAUAUCGUUAUCCCUCGAUCAUGGCCGUACCUCAAUGCCACCGAUAAAGCAGCCGUAACAACUUCCCUCCGCAACGAAGCCAACGAAGCCCUGAGAGAACUUGCGCCGACCUCUGGCGCAUACAUGAAUGAAGCCGACCCAACCAUCUCAGAUUGGCAGGAGGUGCUCUAUGGCGAUCAUUAUCCGCGGUUAUUGGAAUUGAAAAAGAAAUGGGACCCCGAAGGUGUUUUUUGGUGCAAGCCUUGUGUUGGAAAUGAGCUGUGGGAAGUGACUGGUCCUAGUUCGAUGGAUAAAGUAGAAUGGGGAAUUGGCCAGACUGGUGGCAAAAUAUGCAGGAAGUAG